AGAGUUUGAGUUUCCCGCAAGCCUUGAUUCGACUUGAAUGAAAUCCUUCGCUUUUAACAGGAUGAAUACGUACAUUUUUUCCAUUUAACCGCUGAGAGGAACUUCAACAGCUCAGUGAGCCUGGGGGUUUUGAUGGGAUGGACAGCAAAGGUAGCUCCCUGCCUUCGAUGCCCGAACCAGCCAAUCCAAUCAGCAUGAAGCAGCCGCCGGAGUCUCUCAGUGGACGGAAGGGCCGGGGAGACAUGAGCGGUGACCCUGCGCUGCUAAUGGACAAAGCUGCUGCCCAGCUCGCUGCCACACUGCAAGACGGCGUCCUGCAGAAGAUGGCUGGCCACGGUCACAACAACCACGGCCAUGAGAGGCUCAAAGACCUCACCUCCCGUGUGCUGAACGGAGACCAAGACAGCCUGCCCAAGCUCUGCACCCCAGAGCCACCCAUCCUAAAGGGCGCUGAAGCCCCUGCCACCAAUGGCACCCACCAGCACAAGUGUUCCCCGCACUCAGACCCUGAACUGAAGGUGAAGAUACCCCAGGGGGUCAAGCAGCCGCCAUUUGAGCCAUGCAGCGCCGAUGGGACCAGUUUGGCCACAGCCGCUGAAGGCAUUAUGUCUGAAACUGGGAAUAGGCAGGAGGUUAAGAAAAGGAAGGGGAGACCUCACAAACCAAAACCUCAACUAAACCUCAGUUCCUCUGCCAUCAUUGUGGUGCCACAUGUCCCUGCACAGGUUGAGGACAACACUUCAGCAGCAGAUAUGCAGCCCAGUCUUGUCCCAGAAGUGAAGGAGACUAAAGAAGAGUCUCCUCUGCUGAUCCGUUACUCUGUUGGGGAUGUGGUUUGGACCAAGGUGUCAGGAUACCCCUGGUGGCCUUGCAUGGUGACCACAGACCCUGAGCUCAACGAACAUGUCAAACAGAAACAGAAAGCUAACAGCAGAUCAGGUCUUCUGUACCAUGUGCAGUAUUUUGGAGACGCCCCUGAGAGGGGCUACAUCUUUGAGAAGAGCAUGGUGUCCUUCAGCGGGGAGGAUCAAUACCAGGAGCUGUGCCAGGGCAACAAACAGCCAGCCUCCCGUGUCGUCCACAAAAAGACUGCUCCCUCGGUGCCCCGUAAACUCAAGGCUCAGUGGAGCAUGGGCAUCAUUCAGGCGAAGGAGGCCGUCCACAUGCCGCUGAAUGAGCGCAUGGCCAAAUUCACGUUUGUGUACGAUGACAACGGGCCGCACUUGAACCCCCACGUCAUGGAGAAGCUGAGACCCGAACCGAGCAGCGAGAAGGAGCAGGAAACCAAGUCGAGGCUGAGCCCGUCACUCCUGACACCGCCGGGCAGCCCUGCAGCCGACCUCCUGUCCCAAGACAGCACUUCAGCAGGGAAAAAGAUCCAAGCACGCAGAACAGAAUUCAAAAUAGGGGGAAGGCGAAAAAUGGGCAAAGGCCAGCUAAUUGGCUCACCAUCAAAGAAGAAAGUGAUUGGUCCAGGUUCUUCCAAGGCAAUGCCUCUACUACAGCCAGCCUCACAGGAUCCCGCCACUUCUGCAGCUCUGGCAAACUCCGUUGUACCUCAGAGGAAAAAGAGAAAACCCAGACAGUCUCAGCUUCUCACCAAGACGGGGAAGCAAAUGAAAUCCGUUUCUGCAAUGGCCAACUCGCCAGAUCCUGUGAAGAAAAGGAAAUCGAAGAUGGUUUCUUCAACAGGCGAUGUUUCAGAACCAGUUUCAGUUGAAAAAGUAAAGAGAAGGCGAAAGAAAAAGAUGGCUGCAGAUAAUGAAGAACUGAGGACUGACUCUUCAGGCAAAAGGGAGCGGAAGAAGACUUCUAAACGACCACUAACAGAAGCUGCAGAAAAGGAUCAGCAGCCUAAAAAACGACGCAAAAUGAGCAAAGAUGCUGAGAAACAAAAAGCCCUGAUGUCUGAAGGAUCCAUGGAGAAAAAGCAGAGAAGAAGGAAGAAAAUUGACAAAGACAUUACAGAAACAAAGAGGCAGCUGAAAAAGUCAAAAGUUCCUCUCUCUGGCUCCACCGAGGACCAAGUCCCUGAGAAGCCAAAGCGCAGGAGGAAGAGGAAACUGGACGGGGACAACCAAGCCACACCCUCCAAGGCAAAGAAGAGGCGGUCCUCUCCCUGUCUCGAGCCUGAGGGAUCUGGGAGUGAGGGGCGUCCCGACUCCCCGAGUGACAGCUUGGACGGAAACAAGAAGGGAGAACGAAAGAAAGAGUUUGUCUGCCAGGUGUGUGAGCAGGCCGGUGAGGACCUGGUGCCCUGUGAGGGUCAGUGUUGUGGGAUGUUCCACCUCCAGUGUCUGGGCCAGUCAUUCAAACCUGAGGACAAGCUGAUAUGUCAGGAGUGCAGCACAGGCGUUCACUCGUGUUUCACCUGUAAGCAGUCGGAUGGCGAGGUGCGCCGCUGCCACGUUCAGCACUGCGGCAAGUUUUACCACGAGGCGUGCGUCCGCCUCAGCGCCCUCACCGUGUUUGACAACAAAGGUUUCCGGUGCCCACUCCACACCUGCCUGAGCUGCCACUACAGCUGCCGCUCCAAGCCCAAGUCCACCAAGGGCAGAAUGAUGCGUUGCCUGCGCUGCCCUGUAGCGUACCACGUUGGCGAUCUGUGCGUAGCCGCUGGCAGCGAGAUGAUCACCAACACCGCCAUCGUCUGCACCAACCACUUCAACGCCAAGAAGGGCUACAGCCACCACAGCCACGUCAACGUCAGCUGGUGCUUUGUCUGCUCUAAAGGAGGCCAGCUCCUGUGCUGCGAGUCUUGUCCGGCAGCCUUCCACCCCGACUGCCUCAACAUCGCAAUGCCUGAUGGGAGCUGGUUCUGCAACGACUGCCGUGCUGGAAAGAAACCCAAAUACAGAGACAUCAUCUGGGUCAAACUGGGAACCUACAGGUGGUGGCCGGCAGAGAUCCAGCACCCGAGAAACAUCCCCACCAACAUCCAGCACCUUCGCCACGAGAUCGGAGAGUUCCCCGUCUUCUUCUUUGGCUCCAAGGAUUACUUCUGGACUCACCAGGGCCGAGUUUUCCCCUACAUGGAGGGAGACCGAGGCAGCAAACACCAGAGGACCGGGAUCGGAAAAGUCUUCAAGAACGCUCUGCUGGAGGCUGAGGCUCGAUUCAAGGAGAUAAAAAUGAAGCGAGAGGCCAAGGAAGCGCAAGAGAACAACCGAAAGCCACCGCCUUAUAAAUUUAUCAAGGUCAACAAGCCGUGCGGCAAAGUUCAGGUUUACACGGCCGACAUCUCCGAGAUCCCCAAGUGUAACUGCAAGCCGACGGACGAGAGGCCGUGCAGCUUCGAGUCGGAGUGUCUGAACCGCAUGCUGCUGUACGAGUGCCACCCGCAGGUCUGUCCCAGCGGCGAGCGCUGCUGCAACCAGGACUUCACCAAGCGGCUCUACCCAGAGACCAAGAUCAUCAAGACGGCCGGAAAGGGCUGGGGCCUGGUCUCGCUCCGGGACAUCAAGAAGGGGGAGUUUGUUAACGAGUACAUCGGAGAGCUGAUCGACGAGGAGGAGUGCCGGGCGAGGAUCAAGUACGCCCAGGAAAAUAAUAUCACCCACUUCUACAUGCUGACCAUCGACAAGGAUCGCAUCAUUGACGCCGGGCCAAAGGGAAACUAUUCUCGCUUCAUGAACCACAGCUGCCAGCCCAACUGUGAGACCCAGAAGUGGACGGUGAACGGCGACACGCGGGUCGGCCUGUUCGCCGUCUGCGACAUCCCAGCAGGGACCGAGCUCACCUUCAACUACAACCUGGACUGCCUCGGCAACGAGAAAACCGUCUGUCGCUGCGGUGCUCCAAACUGCAGCGGCUUUCUGGGUGAUCGGCCGAAGAACUCAAACGGCCAGACCGCCGAGCCAAAAGGGAAGAAGCUGAAGAAGAAGUUGAAAAGGAAGCGGAGCGAAGGGAAGAAGAAGUCAGAGGACGAAUGUUUCCGCUGCGGGGACGGAGGACAGCUGGUGCUCUGCGACAAGAAGACGUGCACCAAGGCCUACCACCUGUCCUGCCUGGACCUCACCAAGAGACCCUUCGGUCGUUGGGAUUGUCCCUGGCAUCACUGCGACGUCUGCGGGAAAAACUCGGAGGCGUUCUGCCAGCUGUGCCCCAACUCCUUCUGCAAGGCUCACCAGGAGGGGGCGCUGCGCCUGUGGCCGCCCACCGGACAGCUGUGCUGCCUGGAGCACGAGGAGCCCGAGGCGUCGCCGGAGGACCGGGACGGGUCCACCCCCGCCACCGCCACCAUCACCGUGGAGACGACCACACCUGGCGUUACCGGCGGCGGCGCCGUGGGCCGUCCACCCAAAGGCUCCAGGAAGCCGGACGCAGCCAAGGCCAAGAGCAAGGGCUCCAAGAGGAAAGCAGCAGAGGCCUAAAGCGACCUUUGACCCCAGAGAGCCUGGAGACCAAACCGAACUGCGACACCCGCCUCCCCACUUCUGAACAAACAAAUCCCGCAUUAUUAUCGUCUUUAAAUCGUUAAACCAAGUCACUGUAUCUCUCCUCCUCAUCAGGGAAAAGCCGCUGAUCUCAAGUGCCAAACGGCCUGAGAGUCAGGUCCAGCACGCCGCUCAGACUCCUCCUUCUGUUUGUUAUUUUCCAUGUUUUUCUUUUUUAAUCUCUCCUCGGGUAUUUCUGUUUACUUGUCUGCACUGAGAUGAACAUCUGUGGUAAAGCACAACGCAGCAGAGCGAGCGCAGGGCAGGAAACUCCGCCGACAGACACACUUGACUUUGACUUUAUUUUUAUUUUUUUAUCCACCAGCCAAACAGCUUUUUUUUUUACUUUAGAUUUUUUUUUUUCUGUGACACGGAAACCCGACUGAUUGGUUUCCUUGGAAACGCCACGUGGACCCAACCUGAGCAGCGUUUGGCUGGUGUCUGGUGCUAACUCCACGCAGCACGCCUCCUCCUGCCGGCAGCGUCGCUGUCUGCUAACUUGAAUCUCGGCUCACUCACCCCCCUCCCCUCCCCUCACCCCCCCUCCCCAUCCUCCACCACACGGAUGAUCUUGAACAGCAGAGUUUUUAUAGCUAUAUCUAUAUAUGUGUGUGUAUAUCAAAGACCAAAAUUAUGAUUACUGGAAUAGUGUAAAACUUCAAACAGGUUGCCAAAUCGGUUGCCAAAUGUGUUUUUUUGUUAUUUUUAUAUAUAUAUAAAUAUAUAUGUGAGAGGUAAUAUCGUUAAACAUCAAGACACUAUGGGUAGGCCUCCAAUGACCUGUCUUUCUUCCCUUUUGUAGCCAUAGGUUACAUUUAAAUGUAGACCAGUAUGUUUUACUAUUUUACAGACUGUUUUUGCUUUACUUUGUUCUAGCUCAGUUUUACCUUCUAGAUUUGAAUGAUUUUUUUUUUUGGUACCAGGAUGCUGAAUUAAUGGCGCCACAAACCGUUAAUCUACCUAUCUGUCCAGAGAGGGAGGGAUUACAGGAGUGUUCAAACGGUAAUCUGCUGGAAUCCCCUCCUCCGGCUCUGGACGACGCUCUGUUGUCCCAGGCUCCCCAAACUGCACGUCUCACAUGAAAAACACUACUGGGCGUCGGAGCCGGGGGCUUCAGGGACGGUGCCGCCGUCUGACGAGAGAAAUGAAGGAACACGAGAGAUUCUCUAGAAACACGUUGUGAUGUUGGCAGAUUUGAGUCCAGUCCUUUUUCUGUUUUUACUUUUUUUUUUUUAAGACGCUGGUUUUGCUUUUGCUUUCUGCUCGAUGCUUUUUGGGAUCUGAAGGCCUGAUGCUUAGUUUUUUUCAGGAAUCAUGACGAGCACAAAGGUUAUCAGAGGUGGAAGCUGACUGCUGGGCGUCUGAGGCCUGGCGAGCAUCGUCCACAUCACACAACACUGACGCUCGCUGGCUAAUUCACUUUUAAAUUUUCAAAUUUUGAUUUCAGAGUAUUUGCUCCCACUUUGAGCUGGAGGAGUUCUCCAUGAUCUUAGCUCUUGAAAUCUUUUAGAGAACAUUUCGACCAGCUGGAAUUUUAAAAUUAAAGAAUUAAAAACUAAAAUACUUGAAAACUAAAGUUAAUCACUAACAGGUAAUGCAUUACUGUCACACAAAGCUCCUAAGCGCUUCAUUUACAGUUUUGAAAGAUGAAAUCUGCACCUGACAGUCUUGUGAUUUUGUCAGCCGGCUUCUAAAACUUGAAAACAAAUUUAAAGAGGAGCUAAAUCUGAAGAGUGAGAAAGGAGUGUGUGUUGUUGUGAUACGUGAGCAGGACGUGCAGCAGCCAGGAGGCUCCUCUGGACCUCAGCAGUCACUCAGAAGGGAAACGUUUUCUGUUCAGCAACACGUUGAUUCGGUCCAAACUGGCGGCUUCAACUUUAAUGUUCGUCUUGGCCAAACCUGAGGUCAUUUUAACGUUUCACCCGUUAAGUCGAAACCUAGAUUUUUUGAUUUUUUUUUUCGCGAGUUGUAUAGACCCAACCAAAUUUUUUUUUUUUUUUUAAAUCCUUUUUCAUAUUUGCACCUUUUUUAUUUUAUUUUUCAGAGUACUUUAACGUCUCAUGGCGUGCAUUGGGCACACGUCCGUUCCAGAGGUGCAGCGAGUCUCGUACAAGUGUUUUCAACUUCCUGUAUUAUCUUCAUCCUAACCUUGAUCGUGAAGAGUGAAUGUAGUCAUGCCAGUUAUUUUUGUAAGCACUGUAAUUCCCUGUAGAGCUGAAGUGUAAUGUGUGCUUAGGGGUUUCAUUCUGUAACUACUGUCAUAGUAAACCAGAGACUAAUAUGUACAUAAUGUAUAAGUGGUAAUAGUGAUGCAUCUAUUGUAAAUAUCAUACAAUUUCCUGAUUGUAUGUUUUUUUUGUUUUGUUUUGUUUUUUUUGUUUUUGAUGCAGUGCUGAUACACUUUUGUGCAGGAGUUCAUGAUUCAUGCAAUAAAAAGUGUUCAAACAUGGGA